CAGUUACAUUUUUUCCAUCACGGAGAACAGAACAGAAACAUCAUGUCGGGAUCGGUACUGCCACAGUAUAUAGCCGGGCUGUCGGCCAGCUUUGGCGCCCUGUGUAUGGGUGCCUCAAUCGGCUGGUCCUCGCCGGUGGAGCAAAUGAUCACGGAUGACUCGGACUACGGCUUUGACAUAUCCUCCAGUCAAUUCGGCUGGAUAUCCGCACUGCUGACACUGGGCGCCACUGUCGUCUGCAUACCCAUCGGCUUCAUGAUCGAUUGGAUUGGCCGCAGGCCGACUAUGCUGGCCCUGAUUCCGCCCUACAUGGUCGGCUGGGUUCUAAUGCUGUUUGCCAAUAACGUCACAAUGCUGUACUUUGGACGCUUCAUCCUGGGCAUGUGCGGCGGUGCGUUCUGCGUGACUGCGCCCAUGUACUGCACGGAGAUCUCAACGACAGCAUUGCGCGGCACGAUUGGCAGUUUCUUCCAGCUGCUGAUCGUCACCGGAAUCUUCUAUGGCUACGUGUUGGGCGCCUUUCUGCCGCUGACCACGAUCAACAUUCUGUGCUCCAUUCUUCCGCUGAUCUUUGCCGCAGUGCACUUCUUCAUGCCUGAGUCACCCGUGUAUCUGGCCAAGAAGGGUCGCAACGAGGACACCGCCAAAGCGCUCCAGUGGCUGCGCGGCAAGGAUGCCGACAUCAGCGAUGAACUGAAGGAGAUUCUCGAUGAGUCGCAGAGACAGAAUGAUCAGCCCAAGAUCAAUUUUAUGACUGCGCUACGACGUCCCGUCACCAGGAAAGGCCUGGGCAUAUCGGUUCUGCUGCAGAUCUUCCAGCAGUGGACCGGCAUCAACGCCAUUCUCUUUUACUCGACAUCCAUAUUCGAGGAUGUGGGCGCUGGUCUAAGCGGCAGCAUGUCCACCAUCCUCAUUGGCUUCACCCAAACGGCCACAACUGUGGUGGCAGUGGCUAUCAUUGACAAGGCCGGUCGCCGCAUCCUCCUGCUGAUCUCUGGCGUCUUCAUGGCCAUAACAACGUGUCUGAUGGGCGUCUACUUCCAGAUGAGUGAAAGCAAUCCAGAUUCGGUGAUCGGCCUCGGCUGGCUGCCCAUUGUCAGUAUUUGCAUCUUUAUUGUGUUCUUCUCCAUCGGAUUUGGCCCCGUGCCCUGGCUGGUCAUGGCCGAAGUGUUCUCGGAGGAUAUCAAGAGCUUGGGUGGUUCCAUUGCCGGCACCAGCAACUGGCUCUCGGCGUUUAUGGUCACAUUACUGUUUCCCAUCCUGAAGGAUUCGAUUGGGCCGGGUCCGACCUUUUGGAUUUUCACUGUCAUUGCCGUUCUGUCCUUCUUCUAUGCACUGUUCUUUGUGCCCGAGACGAAGGGCAAGACGAUAUUAGAGAUUCAGGAUAUGCUCGCAGGAGGAAAGAUACAAAAGUCCGACAAGAACGAAACGUAGCGAUAAAAAUUAAAAUUUACGGAAAAAUUAUUA